AUGAAUGUCGAAGCUGAGUCAAUUUCUCGAGAAUUUCUCUCUCUGAUAGCUAGUUUGAUCAACACUGAGUCAAAGCACGUUGACGAGAAGAAUAUUCGCUCGGCGGUUUCCAAAAAUCAAUGGCCCAGGAAUCCAACAGAGAAGCUAAUUUCUGCCUACUUCGAGCGCCCGCUGGAUCAGUUUGUGGCAGUACUGGAGGCUCUGCGGUCAGUGCUGGCGGCUGCACCAGUUUUCGCCAGUGUCGAGGCAAUAAAAGCUGUCCUGGAUACCAACGUCUGCGAGGUCAUCGAGGAACUGUUCUUGGCUGGUUUCAGUAUCCUAUGCCCCAACCAACAUCACACACUCGCCCGGUUCCGUGGGAUCUACGAAAACUCUCAAAAAUCUGAGGAAGGUCCCGAGAGCAGGCUGAUGCUGCUCGAUUUUAAAGCUGUCGAUGCAUAUGCAUACGCAACUCCUGAUUUCCUGAUGAAUGCAUUUGACGAAGAAAGUGAUGUCCAAUCUGAUGCUCCUAACCCGGUGCCUCGGACGAAUUUACGCGGACUGCUAGAUUUCAUGAAAAUGUGUUUGGCGUAUGAUCAAUAUGACAUCUUUGAGUGUCUGCAUGAUAACGCAAACUAUUCGCUUAAGGUGAAUUGA